AUGUCCGACUCCCAGUGCUCGGACGCCUUCACUUUCCUCCCGCAAGGCGGCAUUAUCCAGGAAUUCAGAGUCGGCGGCCAGAACAUUGUGCUGGGCUUUCCAUCUGCAGAGUCAUAUAAGAGCAAGAGCAGUCCCUUCUUUGGCGAGAACAUUGGGCGAUACGCGAACCGAAUCUCGGGCGCGAAGAUCAACAGAUUGAAUGGCAGGAGCUACGAAUUGAAAGCGAACGAUGGGCCCAACCUGCUGCAUGGCGGCGCACAAGGCUGGGGGAAGCAAGACUUCGAGGGCCCGAGGCCGGUGAAUCGUGACGGCAGAGAAGCUGUGCUAUUCAAGUACCUCAGCAAGGAUGGCGAAGAAGGUUUCCCGGGUACGGUCGAGAUGCGGCUGUGGUAUACGGCGUCGGUGGAAGAGCACGACGGCAAGGAUAAGACGUGUCUCGAAAUUGAAUACGAGGUCGAGCUGGUCGGCGAUGAGGUCGAGGAGACGGCUGUCAGCUUGACGAACCACAGGUAGGUACUGACCUUGCCCCUACUCCCCUACUUUUAACUCCCCUGGUCCGCAGUCCAGAAAUACAAGCCAGGGCUAGUACGGAGUAGUCUGACCAGCUUUCUGAAACAGCUACUUCAACAUCUCAGGAGGUCCGACCAUCGAGGGAACGAGAGCCAAACUGCCGUCGAAUCUUCACCUGGUCACGGACGACCACGACAUUCCCACGGGCGAGAUUCUUCCCUUCCCUGGUAUUCCUGCAAACGAGGAGUUCACCCUGGGUCCCACCGAGCCCAACCCGGAUCACUGCUUCAUCGUCAACCCGCAUCCCGCCAGCAUCCCUCUCGACAGUCGCAAAGAACCUCUUAGGAAAUUCAUCGAGCUCUACCAUCCCAACACAAAAAUCCAUUUCGAAGCCCUGAGCACCGAACCGGCGUUUCAAUUCUAUGCGGGUCGCUUUCUCAACGUCCCCGAGAUGGACGGCAUGCCCGCGCGAGGACGCCGAGGUGGCAUGUGCGUGGAAUGCUCGCGCUAUGUGAAUGCGAUCAACAACGAAGAAUGGCGCCAGCAGGUAGUGCUCAAGAAGGGCCGAACUUGGGGUAGUCGCACGAUCUACCGGGCUUGGGUUGAGUAG